AUGGCAACCACAAAUGGAGCUUUCCCAUUUCAAAAGCUUGCAAAAGAGAACUAUGAUCGAUGGAGCUUACAAAUGAAAACUUUCCUUGGUGGACAAGACGUUUGGGAAGCCGUUGAAGAAGAAUACGUUGAACCGGAGAAUUUGGCUUCAUUAAGCCAAGCCCAAAGAAGACAUCCAAAGAAGCCAAGUAACUUUGAGAAGAUUUCUCAAGCUACUACGGCGAAGCAAGCGUGGGAUAUUCUUAGCGAUGCUUUCAAAGGCAUUGAUAAGGUGAAUAAGGUACGACUCCAAUCACUUCGUGGAGAGUUCGAGUCUUUGAAGAUGAAAGACUUCGAAGAUGUUUCCGACUACGUCUCAAGGUUCGACUACAUUGUCGUGGCAAUUGAGGUGUCAAACGAUGUUGAGAUUCUUAAAGUGAACGGGGUAUUGGGCAAGUUACAAGUCCAUGAGGAGAAGAUCAAGAGGCGAAACAAAGGGCCCGAAGUUGAACAAGCCCUUCAAGCAAAGACGAACCUUGCCGACCAACCGAAAUAUGAUGGUGCACGAUUUCGAGGCAGAGGUAGAGGUCGUGGUCGUGGACGUGGUUGUGGUCGUGGCAAAGGUCGUGAAGGACAAUCCUCGUACGACAAUGAUGAUACGAAGAAAGAGAAUCGACCAACAAAAGGUCGUGGACGAGGAGGAUUCAAUCGACGUCAAGACAAGAAAUAUGCGAAUGUUACAAUUGUCACAAAUACGGACACUAUGCUUGGGAGUGUCGAAAUGAGUCAAAUGAUGAAAAGACUCAUUAUGUUGAAGCAAUGGAAAAAGAAGUUGCAGAGAUAUCCCUCUUGGCCUAUGAGGUAUCGAUAG